AGUGCCGGCCUCGAACCGGCUGACGUGUUAAGAGGCACUCCGAUGGUCCAAGCGCGGUGGAUGAGUGGUCGGCAUGGAGGCGCUUUAUCACCAGACUAACAAGCAAAUUCAUGAGGUCCAAUCGUACAUGGGCCGUCUGGAAACCUCAGACAAGGAGUCUGUUCACUUGGUAGAAAAUGAAAUUCAGGCACGAAUAGACAGAAUUUUUAGCAAUCUAGACCGUUUGGAAAUCUUCUGCAACAAGGAACCUCCAAACAAGCGGCAAAAUGCCAAACUCCGGGUUGACCAGUUGAAAUACGACAUUCAGCACCUGCAGACAGGAUUGCGAAAUUUCCAGCAUCGCCGUUAUGCACGGGAGCAGCAAGAGAGACAGCGUGAGGAGCUGCUGGCCCGAACAUUCACCACUAACGAUUCUGACACCACCAUUCCAAUUGAUGAAACUUUACAAUUUAAUGAAUCCCUUCAAAAUGCACACCGUGGCAUGGAUGAUCUUAUUGGCAGCGGAACCAGCAUCCUACAGGGCCUGAGGGAUCAGAGAGUGACAUUAAAGGGCACCCACAAAAAAAUAAUGGAUGUUGCCAACAUGCUGGGCUUAUCUAAUACAGUCAUGCGUCUCAUUGAGAAACGUGCUUUCCAGGAUAAGUACUUCAUGAUUGGAGGCAUGCUUGUGACAUGCAUAAUCAUGUUCCUCGUGCUGCAGUAUCUGACUUGAAACGCUGAAGAACCCACUAGCGGACUGCGUUGGACUGCCUUUCUACACUGACUUCCAGUUUAACUGUGAAUCUCCUGGAUUGGCUACAGCUGCUAUAUGGCUCAUAUGAUGCUCAAGUUGAGUGGCUUAUGUAGGUUCUGCCCUUGGUGUUCAGGGACGCGAAUGAAACCACAUAGCACUGGUCAUUUUUCAGUCAUAUGGAUGUCUUGUUGCCCAUGUGACACUCAGGUUUAGUUGACAAGAGGGCACAAGUUGCCUAGCUGCUGUUCACAUUAGUGGUGCCCCUUCAGGUGGCCAUAUAAUCCCGGUAUCAUUACAAAGCCCUCCCAGAAGAGCACCCAAUGAAGAAAGUAUUAAUAUUGGAUCCAUAGACUACAUAUGUUCCUCAAGGUCAAGAUAUGUAUGCAGUUAUGUCUCUGAACUCUGUAAUUGCUAGAGAAAAUGAAGCAGCUUGGCUUGUUGGUUUAACUUUGUUACAGGUCUGGGACAUAGGGAGAAUGUCUUGUUCCCAGCAGUGAUUAAAAUAAAUAGAAAUCCUUUAGUCCAUGUGCAAGGGAGACGGUUUUUGAUAAUUGUAGAUUCUGUAUCUGUCAUUUAUCUAGAGCAGUGUUUCUCAACCUUAGCAAGUUUAAGAGGUGAGGACUUCAACUCCCAGAGUUCCCUAGUCAGCCAUGCUGGUGGGAAUUCUGGGAGUUGAAGUCCACGUAUCUUAAAGUUGCUAAGGUUGAGAAACACCAAUCUAGAGUAAGCAGACUGUGAAGACUAGAUGAGCUACACUGUAGUAACUCACUUUCAAGUAAGUAAUGGAUGUGUUGGGGACUAUGGUAUUUUAGAUGUGCUAAUGCUCCCUGUAGCAAAAUCCUGCUUUUGGUUUAUGGAGAUUGCUGCUUAUCAUACAAGAUAUAGCAGAAUGACAAACAUUAGUAUAAAAUGCAUUUAUAUGUGUAUUUUUUAAAAUUGAACUUGGAACCACUGGUUCACAGUAUAGCCGUUGUAUUUGUCACAGCAGUGAAACCUUUUAAGCCCCCAGCUUCGUGUAUUCCGUUUCUUCUGCUUUUUAUGAAUGCAAAAUUUAUUAUUUUCGCAAUUUCUAUGCUGCACAGUUCCCAAAAAGCUCUGAGCUUUUUAUACAGUGACUUAUAACAAGAUGAAUUUAGCUACUUUUGAGUCUAAAGCAUAUAAUUCUUAAUGGGUUUUUUGGGGGGUGGGGGGCACUGAAAUCUUGUGCACAUAUCCUAAGGUAAAGAGUUGAAAAUUUCCAGGUAAACAUAUAUAAACCUCCUUCCGGCCUAUGUCUUCUGACAUCUCAGUCCUGUUGGUCCCUUUGCUUUUCUUGUCCCAACUGGGCCGAUAUUGUUCGGUUUGGAAAACCUGCUUGUGGGUAGAUUAAUGACAUAGAUAUUAUUCCAUACUACAGCAGGUUAUGUGGGCUGUUUGACCUAUACUGUGCAAGCUCCAAGAUUUGAAGAAAUCCUUACAGCUGACAUAUCUUGUGUUGUGAAUUUCCUGGUUGCAAACAAUGCCUGGAUGUCCAACUAGGCUGGUGUUUCAUCAAAGUUUCAGUUUGUCUUUUUCUACCUCCCCAAAUGCAUUAGCACAACCAUAUGCUGAAAUAGACAUCCAAGCAUCUUAUACAAGUUGCAAUCUGGCCAUGUUCCUGAUAACAGCUUAUUUGAUUCUUGCUCCAUUUUUACUGAUAAGAAUAAUGUUUCAGUUGGUUUCAGCAGAUUAAAAAUACUUCCAAAAUAUAUAAGGAAAACAU